CAAACAAGAGCACCAGUCCUGAGUGUGUAACAUUAUAAGAUUUGCUCUUUUGGAGUUUCCUUAUUUUUUUGUUUAUAAUUUAUUUUUAAUGCUCCUCAUCAAUGUCCUUCAAAAACUUUGCCUCUCCUGCCAUUAUUUCCCUGGGCCAUAAAUGCAGGUGAGGGAUUUAGCAAUGGGGGUUAAUUGUUUCCCAUCAUCUCUUUUUGCAAGGUGUUCCUCUCAGACAGGCCACUGGGAGGCCAGAGGAGGAGACCUAGAUUAGGAAGCAGUUAAUCAGUGGUAGAGGCAAACUGGGGCUUUUAUUUUGACAGGGCACUGCUUGGCUUCUUGUAUGAAGGCAAAGUGAAUGAUCCUGUUUCUCCAAAUGAUUAUUCAGACUCAGGAAGAGAAAGAGAGAGAGAAAGGAGCACUCCAUACACAGAGCUUUGCCCACUUUAUAACAGCAUCCUCUCAAAAACACAGAGAUUCUUAGCUGGAGGGAUCUAACAGACAGUUAAACAAUAAUAAGGAUCAAGAGUGGGGAAAAAAAAUUGUGGAGAAGGUUCCUGUAACUUCAGGGGGCAAGAGGGAAGUUGCUGCUAAAAAUCAGCCAACCAACAACCUCCCCCACCAGAAACUGAGUCUGAAUUCUCCUCAAGUGAAAGUGAAACAACUGAAGGAGUGAAAGUGUGUGCGAGAGGCAGGGUGUUUGAAAUGUGUGUGUGUGCUGUGCAUGUAAGUGAGACUCCAGUGCGUGUGGAAAGAGCAUGAUCCACUCCCCAGAGCCCCCUGCAGCUGGCUGGAAGGCUGUUGGUGAAGAAGAUCAUGAGCCCUGACUGCAUGGCUGUCCCCCAGCAGCUUCCAGAUCCUCAGCUCCCCUCUAACAAGCGUCACCGAGCAGACAGCUGCUGAAAAACCCAAAGGAAAAAAGCACAGGAUCACUAUGGGAAAUACCUCUGGCCUUUCUUGAGACCUGGAGCAAGAGAAAGUGCAUCUUACACAGUAUCCCAAAGGGCUUUGCUGAGAUGAGUAACUUCAGAGGAAGAGAGCAAUUAAGAGGCAAACGAGGAAAGUGAUGUCUUCACCUGAGACUUGGCGUGACACAGGAGCUGCUGUAGAGAAGGCUCGUGGACCCACAGGUGUUUUGACCAAAGGGAAGCAGCAGCAGGGACUUGGAGCUCCCUCCACUGUCGCUGCCAGAAGUUUUAGCCAAUCAAAUGCACCCUGACAAUAAACUGACCAAUCAUGGAAAGACAGGUAACAGUGGCACCCAGUCUCAGCACCAUAAUGUGAGCCAAGGACCCACCUGCAACCUGGGGUCUAAGGGCGUGGGGGCGGGAAAUCAUGGCAGCAAAGCCAAUCAGAUUUCUCCUGGCAACUCUGGACUGAAAACCAGCCAGAACGCUGUCCCAAACUUUGGGUCCUUGAAGGGCAAAGUGAAACGGGAACGAAGCAUCUCGGUGGACUCAGGAGAGCAGCGGGAAGCCAGCACCCCCUCACUGGACACGGAAUUGAAAGGGGAGGUGGCUCCCCGCAGCAAGCGUCGGUGUGUGCUGGAGAGGAAACAGCCAUACAGCGGGGACGAAUGGUGCUCAGGACCGGACAGCGAGGAGGACGACAAACCCAUCAGCAGCACACACAACUGUAAUGUAGCAGAUCCUGCAAUGUCCACAGCCCCGCAGCUUGGUCCUGGGUCCAACCCGCUGCCGAGCCUGAAUGAGACCAGUUCUUCCAAUGCACCACAUGGCGCUGCUCCUGGCCUGCGGCCCGAUGCUGGGGGCAGUGGAGGUGGUGGUGCCGGAAAGCAGCCUUCCCAGUUUGUUUAUGUCUUCACCACUCACCUUGCUAACACUGCCGCAGAAGCUGUCUUGCAGGGGCGAGCAGACUCCAUCCUGACCUAUCAUCAGCAGAAUGUUCCCCGGGCAAAGCUAGACCAGGCUCCAGCUCCCAAGGUACUGGGAGUCGCCGAGCAACUGCCAGUUAACCCACCUGCCUCCAGCACUCCGCAGUCCCAGCCCCCAGCAUCGCAGGGCAACCAGGCACAGCCUCAGCCCCCCCCAACACAGCCCCCCCCACCCCAAAGCAUCAGUCAGCAAGCUUUGCCUGCACCAACUACCCUACCCCAGGAAGGGACGGGAGAGGACAUUCGGCGGGACCUGACUCCCAACUCUGUGGGAAAUAGCAGCGGCAGCACCCAGCCAGGAAGCAACCACCCCAACACACCCAAUGCCUCCACCAACCCGAUGCAGCCUGGGCAAGUGGACUCUUCUAGUGCUUCCAGCUCUAACUUACUGGGGGAUGGUGCCAGUGCUGGGGCAGCUGGAAAUGGGCAGGUAGUGCUGGGCCCCAGGAACCCCAUGAACUCAGAGGGGCUCUCUAAGGAGCAGCUGGAGCACCGGGAACGCUCUCUGCAGACCCUGCGGGACAUUGAGCGCCUGUUGCUGCGCAGCGGUGAGGCCGAGCCCUUCAUGAAGUCCAACCAAAGUGCUGGUGAGGGUGGCCCCACUCCCCAGCCGCAACCCCCACCCACCCAGCCACCCCUCCCACCUGCGGGCAUGAAGAAGUAUGAAGAGCCCCUGCAGUCCAUGAUUUCACAGACGCAGAAUCUGGGGGGCCCCAACUUGGAGCAUGAGGUCCCCCACCACCCAGGCUCUGACAUGGGGCAGCAGAUGAACAUCAUGAUGCAGCGGCUGAGCCAAGACAGCCUGACGCCAGAGCAAGUGGCCUGGAGGAAGCUGCAGGAGGAGUAUUAUGAGGAGAAGCGGCGGAAGGAGGAGCAGAUCAGCAUCCAUGGUCGACCCAUGCAGGAGAUGAUGAUCCCACAGUCCAUGGGUGGCAUGAUGAUCCGGGGGCCACCACCACCUUAUCACAGCAAACCUGGGGAGCCGUGGCCUCCAGGGAUGGGCAACCAGCUAAGGGGGCCCAUUGAGGUCCAGGACCCCAUGCAGAUGAGGGGAGCACCCCCCUUCCCAGGGCCAAGGUUCCCCGGAAAUCAGAUGCAGAGGGUCUCUGGCUUUGGCGGGAUGCAGAGUGUGCCCAUGGAUGCCCUUGGGUCCAUGAAUGCUAUGCAGCGGCCAGUCAGGCCUGGCAUGGGAUGGAAUGAUGAUAUGCCUCCAAUAGGAGGCCCAGGGAACUUUCCACAAGGGAGCCUGCCCUACCCUUCAGGGCAAGGGGACCCUGAGCGGUUCAUGAACCCCCGAGCCAGGGAGGAGAUCCUGAGGCACCAGCUGAUGGAGAAGCGCCCAGUGGUGAUGCAGAGGCCCAUGGGGAUGUCUGGCAGCUCCAUGAGCCAAGGUUUGGAAAUGGAGAGGAUGAUACAGGCUCACAGGCAGAUCGACCCGUCGAUGUUCCCUGGACAGAUGCCAGGAGAGAGCCUAGGUGGUGCAUCCAUAGGUAUGGACUUCACAGGUACCCGGGGGAUGUUGAGCCCACCCAUGAGCCAGUCGAGCCUCCGAGACAUGGAUGCGCCCAUGGGACCUGGGAACCUCAACAUGAACAUGAAUGUCAACAUGAACAUGAACAUGAACCUCAAUGUCCAGAUGACCCCACAGCAGCAGAUGAUGAUGUCGCAGAAAAUGAGGGGUCCUGACAUGAUAGGCCACCAGGGCAUCAGCCCUGAGGAUCUGGCCAGGGUGAGGGCUCAGAAUGGUAGUGGUGGCACAAUGAUGGGGGGGCCACAGAAGAUGAUGAUCCCUUCACAGUUCCCCAGCCAAGGGCAGCAAGGCUUCUCAGGUGGGCAGGGCCCCUAUCCCAGCAUGCCCCAGGAGAUGGGCAGUGCCCCAGACAUGUUCAGCCCUGAACAGGGUGCCAUGUCCAUUGGGAACAUCGGUGGCACCACCAGGCUUAGCCACAUCCCUUUGCCGCCAGCUUCCAAUCCCGCUCCCACCCAAGGGGGCAACCUAGCCAACAUGCACCCGGCACCCUCACGGGGGCUGGGCCGCAGGCCCUCCGACCUCACCAUCAACAUCACCCAGAUGAACUCCCCUGGCAUGGCCCACCUCAAGUCCCCAACGCUCAGCCAGGUGCACUCACCGCUUGUCCCCUCCCCAUCUGCCAACCUGAAGUCUCCACAGACGCCCUCGCAGAUGGUCAGCAUACCACCGUCCAACCAGUCUGGGCCCCUGAAGUCGCCUCAGGUGAUGAGCUCCUCCCUCAACGUCAGGUCUCCCACCAGCUCACCAAGCCGCCUGAAGUCCCCUUCCAUGGCCGUUCCUUCACCCGGGUGGGUGCCAUCUCCCAAAACCACCUUGCCAAGUCCUGGAGUCAGCCAGAGCAAGCAGCCUAUCAGCAUGAAUUCGUCAGCUUCCAUGGGAGGGCUGGAUCAGGGUUCGCUCCCUCCUGGGCCUAGGAGCAGUUCCUCUGCGCCAGCCAGUAAUCCCUCUAGCACCAUGAAUCCCAACAUACCUUUUACUUCCUCUCCAGAUCCAUCCCCUUCCCAGAACCCCCUCUCGCUGAUGAUGUCACAGAUGUCCAAGUAUGCCAUGCCCAGCUCCACACCACUCUACCACAAUGCCAUCAAAACCAUCGCCACCUCUGAUGAUGAGCUGCUCCCAGACAGGCCUAUGCUCCCACCAGGAAGCAUGCCAGGUAUCACAGGAAAUCAGCCAAAUCAACUGCACUUGAAUUCAGUGGGGCCUGCAUCCUCACAGAGUCCCAUGGGGAUGAACUUGCCUGGCCAGCAGCCACUCUCCCAUGAACCCCCCACAUCCAUGAUGUCCUCGCCGAAUCCCCUGGGCACCAACAUUCCAAUGCACCCUGGUGCACAGGGGGCGGGUGUGCCCCCCCAAAACCCCAUGAUGCUGCCUCCAGGGCCCCAGGACUCCUUGAACCAGCCCUGUGGCCCUGUGCCAAACAAUUCUCAGAUGAUCCCUUCCAACCAGCUGGUGUUCCCCCGCAUGCAGCAGCCCCACAAUGCCAUGCAGUCUCCAGCUGCAGGUAUGCCCAUGACACCAGGAGGUGGAGGAGGGGCUGGGAUGCAGCAACAUUACCCGCCUGGGAUGCCCUUGCCACCAGAGGACCUUCCCUCCCAGCAGCCUGGCCAGAUGCCCUCCCAGCAGCACAUGCUGGGCAAGAACAUCCCUCCUCGGAUUGGAGAUCCCUAUCCCCCUGUGCUUCCGGGUGUGGCUUCAGUGCUGAAUGACCCUGAGCUCAGUGAGGUCAUCCGCCCCACACCUACGGGCAUCCCUGAGUUUGACCUCUCCAGGAUCAUCCCUUCAGAGAAGCCGAGCAGCACCUUGCAGUAUUUCCCCAAGAGUGACAGCCAAGCACCGAAAUCACAGCCUUCCAACCUCCACCUCAUGAACCUGCAGAACAUGAUGGCUGAGCAGCCACCCACACGGCCGGGCAUGAGCGCCCCCAGCCUUCCAGGGCAGCAGGGCGUGCAGCGGGGACUCAACAUGUCUAUGUGCCACCCUGGACAGGUGUCCAUGCUGGGCAGGACAGGUAUGCCACCCCAGCAAGCCAUGAUGGGGAAUAGCAUGCACCAGGGCAUGAUGUCCCCCCAGCAGAGUCUGAUGGCCCAGCAGAAUUUCAUGCUGAUGCAGGCUAAGCAGAGGAGCAUGUCUGUGUCAGGGGAAAUGUACGCCCAGACGGGUCAUAUGAUGUCGCCUCAGGGCUCCCUAAUGGGGCCCCCACCUCAGCAGAACCUUAUGGUCACACACCAGAUGAGGCAGAGGAGUGUUUCACUGGACAGCCAAAUGAGCUACAUCUCCGGGCCUGGAAACAUGGCAAACCUGCCUUUCUAAUCAUGUCCUGAGGGGCAGGGGCCGAUUGUAGAAACAUUUUUUUAAACCUUUAUUUGGGUUAGGGUUGGGAGGCUGGGGCCUGUGGGAGUGUGGAGGGGGGAUGUUUUUCAUAUUGGAUUUGCCUCUAUAAGGAAAACCAGAUGUGCAGUAAAAUUGAUGUGAAUCCUUUUUGGGGGGUGGGGCAUUAUUAUUUUUGAAACCCAAGUGGUGACUGGGGGCUUCCAGACCCUACGGCAGUUUGUAAAAUCUUCCUUUAUUUUUUCCUCGUAGUGUGGGUUCUCUUUGUUUUUUUUUGUUUUGUUUUAAAGAACAACCAAAAUGUACAACAAGAUUUUGAAUGAGCUGUAAAUAGGGCUGGGAAAGGCAGAAACUUGUGCUGGUUUUAAAUUGUCUGUAUUUCUGUGUUUUAAUAGAAGCCUCAAUUUUCUGUUUUAAAACAACAACGAAACUUUUUUAAAAAAUCAAUGUACGAGGAUUUAAAACUCUUGCAGAGGGGGUUCUAGGGCAGUGGGAGGAGGUGUGAAUGGGCAUUGAGAGAGCCGUCUGCAAAAGAGCCUCUUUGCCAGCCCCACAUCAUUCAUGCAUCAGAACAGCUUGUGUGCAGGGAUGGAUGGUUUUGAACAGACACAUAUACACAUCUUAGAUCCUGAUUCUGCAGUCAGACCCUUUGGGCCUGUACUCGGUUCAGGGGUGCACCCAGUCAUAUGGAUCCAUCUACAGGAUUGGAGCUGCUGAGAUGUCUCUAAAACAGUGUUGGUGUUGGAGUCGCUGUUUGGUUGUAGGGAUUGAUAGUGGUCUCUAUCUGUCUCUGCUACCUGGUGAAGCUGCUGGCAGCAUGAGCAAGGAGAGGGCCUAGUUGUUUAGUUUAGGGACACGUGCGGGUCUGAUCCCACUCUGCAAGUAAUAAGUAACUGGACCAUUAGGCCUCCACCCAAUCAUGACACUCCCUGCUCCCCUCUCCAUCCCCAGAUGCUCUGUGUGAUGUGUGUGUGCCCCUCUGGAGUGGAGAUAGCAGAAUGAACACUGGGAUUUCUGACUAGAUGAUUUCGUCCUGUGCUUCCUGGGUGUGUUGUGCAGAGGCCAGGAGGGAACUCAAGACACACACUGACACACACACCCCACAGAGCAUCCCAUACUCCUUGUUGGCUUUGCUCCCACUUACAUGAGUUCAUGCAUCUCACCCUGCUGCACUAUGCCCCUUGUCUCGUAAGUGCACACAUUUCUGUGGGAGAGCUAGCCUGAUGCAUAAAAGCAAGCAUUUUAUGGUAAAGAUUCUCCAAGCAUUUUCUCAAUCUGGGAAUCCCAGACUCCUCCAUGAAAGGCCCUAGAGGCAGUUGGCCAGCAGUUGUAAGGCCACCCUGAAACC